GCGCGCACACGACGACGCGCGACGACGACGAAGACGACGACGAAGACGACGACGAACGUCGAGGCGGCGGCGGCGAUGCGGACGGCGACGCCGCGACGCGCGCGCGCGCUGACGACGACGCGCGCGGCGGCGACGGAAGAGACGUUUGAGUAUCAAGCCGAGGUGCACCGAUUGAUGGAUUUGAUCGUGAACUCGUUGUACAGCAAUAAGGAUGUGUUCUUGCGCGAGCUCGUGUCGAACGCGAGCGACGCGUGCGACAAGCUUCGAUUCUCCGCGCUCUCGGACCCGAACGCCAUGGGAGGGAACGAGGAGUUGAGAAUUAAGAUUAAGGGAGAUCCCGAGGCGAAAACGCUGACGAUCGAGGACACGGGGAUUGGGAUGAACAAAGAAGAUCUCGUGUCGUCGCUCGGGACGAUCGCGCGCUCGGGAACGGCCAAGUUUAUGGAAAUGUUGCAGAGCCGAAGCGACGGGGAAAACUUGAUCGGUAAAUUCGGCGUCGGCUUUUAUUCGGCGUUUUUGGUGGCUGAUAAAAUCACCGUGUACUCCAAGGCGGCGUCGGGUGACGACGACAAGACGUGGGUGUGGGAGUCCGAGAUCAACGCCAGCUCGUACACCGUGAAGGAGAGCGAAGAAGCCAUCGCGCGCGGGACAAAAAUCGUCUUGCACCUCAAGGAAGGAUGCGAGGAAUUCUCCACAGGGGAAAAGCUGUCGUCGCUCGUGAAGACGUACAGCGAGUUCAUCUCUUUCCCCAUCGAUGUCUGGGCGAAGACGACCAAGGAAAAGGAAGUCGAAGACAAGGCUUCUACCGAUGCUUUGAAGGAAGCGUGGGAGAAGAAGAAGAUCGAAGCCGAGGCCAAGGGCGAGGAGUUCACCGAGCCGGAACCCAAACCCGUGAAGAAGAAGGAGUUCGAGCAAGUGGAAGAGUGGACGACGGCCAACAACGAUAAGCCCAUCUGGGUUCGUUCGCCCAAGGAUGUCGAGCAAGAGUCGUAUAACGAGUUCUUCAAAUCCACGUUCAAAGAGUUCCUCGACCCGCUCGCGCACUCGCAUUUCGCCGUGGAGGGCGACAUCGAAUUCCGCUCCAUCUUGUUCAUCCCAGGCAUGGCGCCGUUCGAGCAACAGGACAUGAUGUCCAAAUCGAAGGCUAUUAAACUCUUCGUUCGACGCGUGUUCAUCUCCGACGAGUUUGACGAGUCGUUGUUGCCGCGAUACCUCACCUUCGUUCGAGGCGUCGUCGAUUCUUCCGACUUGCCUCUCAACGUCUCUCGCGAAAUCCUUCAAGAAUCUCGCAUCGUUCGCGUCAUUCGCAAGCGCUUGAUUCGCAAGACUUUUGACAUGCUUCGUGACAUCGCCGCGCGUGAAGGUGACGAUUACGACACGUUCUGGGAAAACUUUGGACGUAAUCUGAAGUUGGGCGUCAUCGAAGACACGGACAACCGCAAGGAUUUGGCUGAACUCUUGCGCUUCACCACGUCGAAGAGCGGCGACGACGGCGAGUUGCGAGGCUUGGACGACUACUUGAACGACAUGCCGGAGGGCCAAAACAGCAUCUAUUUUGUCGCUGCAGACAACAAGGACGCCGCUGAAGCUUCUCCGUUCCUCGAAAAGCUCAAGCAAAAGGGCUUCGAAGUCUUAUACUUGCUCGAUCCGAUUGAUGAAGUCGCCAUGGCCAACUUGGCGACGUUCAAGGAAAAGCCCAUCGUCGACGCUUCCAAGGAAGCGCUUGAUCUCGGUGAUGAGGACGAUGCAGACAAAGCCGCGCGCGAAGCGCUCGCGGAAGAGUACAAAGAUCUCACGGACUGGAUGAAGGCCACGCUCGGCGAACAAGUCGAAAAGGUUGAGGUGUCAAACCGUCUCACAGACACCCCGUGCGUCUUAGUGACUUCCAAAUUCGGCUGGUCCGCGAACAUGGAGCGCAUCAUGAAAGCCCAAGCCAUGGGUGAUAACCGCGCGCAAGAUUACAUGAAGGGCAAGAAGACGAUGGAAAUCAACCCCGCUUCUCCCGUCAUCGCUCAGUUGAAAAAGAUGAAGGAAUCCGGCGUCGCCGAAGCCGCAGACAACUGCCAACUCUUGUUCGACACCGCUUUGCUGACGUCUGGUUUCUCCAUCGAGAAGCCAUCUGUUUUCGCGAGUCGGGUCUUCAAGCUCAUGACCGCGCAAGCCGCCGCUGCAGCGUCUGGAGACGACACAGUCACCCCUGAAAUCGUCUGACAGAGCGCCGUUGUUUUUCCGUUCGUCGAAGACGUUCUAGAUAGCAGCGCGCGGUUUUCGAUUUGACUCGCACAUUCAAACACACGAACGUGAUUUAAUUAAU